AAUUAUAGCGUGCAUUCAAACUUGAGAUAGGCUUGCGAGGAUAUAAGGGAAUCGCAUCGUGGGUGGUCCCGUCGAGCGAGAACGUGUGUGGUCCGGCUGGUUCGUGCGCGCUUUGAGUGUAGACGCUGUCGCGGCGAUACUGUAGAAGAUGCGAGCCGCUCCAACCGAACAAAGUCAAGACCUUGUCCUGUGGUUAGCCGAAAUCGCAUAUAAGAACAACGGCCUCGACUCGUGAACGCGACAAGCACAAAAAUGAUAUUUUCGCUGGUCCUCUGCUGUUUGCUGUUUUACGGAUCAUCGUCGGGAUUGGACAAUGAGCUUAACAACGAUAGCGAAAAUAAUACAUGGAAAAGCAUGGACCUGAGUCCUCGGCAUAGAAUCAAAGAAAAUUAUCUGCUUGACAGAUAUCCCAUAGGGGAACUGUCACCGGAUGACUCGAAUUGUCGCAGAUCUGCCAAGUGUGUUCCAUUGCAUAAAGGUACCUGCAUGGGUACGAAAUUACCUUACUCCUUUACAUCAUUGGAUCUUAUACCUGAGCGUGUGACUCAAGAUAUUAUUGAGGAAAAGUUGUAUUCGUUACAAGCUUUGAAACAUGUACCAAAGUGUUGGGCUGUUGUUCAACCAUUUUUGUGCUCAAUAUUCAUGCCGAAAUGCGUUAAUAAUACAGUCGAAUUACCAUCUCAAGAGAUGUGCAGAAUGGUAUCAGGACCCUGCAGGAUGUUAAUUAAUCACACAAUAUGGCCGAGUUUCGCAAAGUGCGAUAAUACAAAAUUGUUUCCACGAUUAUGCAAAAAUGACUUCAGAGAAUUGAAAUUUAAUAUCACAGGGAAAUGUUUGAAACCUCUUGUACCUACUGACAAUGCCCUCUCAAUUUUUGAUGGGGUGGAAGGCUGUGGAACAGAAUGUUAUGACCCAUUAUAUACAUCUGAUGAGCACAAUCAAAUACAUUCGUUUAUUGUAUGGGCUGCAGGUAUCUGUUGCAGCUUCAAUCUGUUCACUGUUAUAACAUUUUUGAUAGAUUGGAGAAGCGCGAACAAAUAUCCAGCUUUAGUGAUAUUUUAUAUUAAUGGUUGUUUUCUCAUUUCUUGCAUUGGUUGGUUAAUCCAAUUUACUCCCAGUGGCAGAGAAGUAAUUAUAUGCCGCAAAGAUGGAACAUUAAGAAUGAGAGAACCAAGUGGGGAGAACUUGUCUUGCGUCGUUGUCUUUGUUCUUGUGUAUUAUUUCCUGAUGGCAGCUAUGGUAUGGUUUGUUAUAUUGACAUACGCUUGGCACAUGAGCUUCCGAGCACUUGGCACGAUACAAGAUCGAAUAAACAAGAAGAGUGCUUAUUUUCACCUAAUCGCCUGGUGUGUACCACUCGUUUUGACAGUCGCGAUUAUGGCAUUAGGUCGAAUCGACGGUAACAGCAUGACGGGAAUAUGCUUUGUGGGUUAUGCCGAUCAUGCAGCAAAGGCGUUUGUAUUAGGUCCGGUGUUAAUUGUUGUAUUAGUAGGAGGAUAUUUUCUAUGUAGAGGACUCUAUACGCUUAUACGCUUAAAAAUAAGCAGUCAAGAAAUCAUAUCUGAAAGAGCGAGUUCAAAGAUAAAACAAACCAUUGUUAGGAUGGGGCUUUUUUCCAUAGCAACUCUUGCAGCGGUUGUUGUAACAUUUUAUUGUCAAAUUUACGAAAUUCAACAUUCUUGGGAAUGGCGACAAAGCUUCAGAAAUUAUAUGAUAUGCGCGAUAACGACGAUGUAUGCAGAAGUAUCCGAUUGUAAAAUAGAAAUGAGGCCUAGUACAGGUAAACUGCAAUUACAUUUGCUUGCACUAUUUGCCACUGGCAUUCUUAUGUCCUCAUGGGUUUGGACCAGUUCGACGGUCGAUACGUGGUGCAGAUUUUUGAGAAGUAUGUGUUUUCUCUUCAUUUGCAGAGUCUUUAAUCGUGAAUCUGAAGAGCCUCCUAUAAGACUGAGCAAGCAUAAGCUUAUCGCGCAUUUAUUUGCGAAUCGUAAAACAUUUAACAAGGCCGGCCGUCUGUCCAUAAGUUUUCACAAUACCCACGAAGAUCCGGUUGGAUUGAAUUUUGAUCUCAACUCCGCAGCAUCGCAAGAUUUUAGCACGACUUGGGCAGCUGCUCUGCCUAAAUUAGUGACGCGGAGAGGUGCGCUAGUUGGCGGCACUACAGGAUCUGUGUCUAGUAAUAGACGAAAUUCAGCUGAUUCUGAAAUCAGUUAUAGUUUUCGAUGCGUUUCUAUGGAAUCUAGACGAAAUUCGUUGGAUUCGCAGAUAUCCGUACAGAUUGCGCAGGUGAAGACCACGCGGAAAGUCGCCAGUCGAUCACGCGGCCGUCGUGGGAAGAACAGAAGAGAUUUCGGGAAAUCCCGAUCGAAUAAAAUCGACCCACUCUCCAGGAGGGGCAGCACCACUUCCCAGGAUAGUCAGUUGAUGACUCAAAUACCUAUGGUGUUUCCAAUUCAAAUGCCCAAUAUGGGCAGAAGACCGGGAAACGCCGGGUUGGAUGAGCGACCUUUGGGUUUGAAAGUCAUCGAUACCAAAGACACAGGCAUGCUGUUGCCUUUUUUGUUGCGAGGGCAGAGUGGUAGCGACGAAAAUCUAAGCAGUGAAGAAAAAAGGCAUCAAGAUAUGGCUGAUAAAGACGUCGACAUAGAAACGGGUAACAUGGAGAAGGAAGAUGAACAGGAUAGCGAUAGCGUGGACAGUCAGCUGGAGGAGGAAGUAAAAAUGCUAGACCCAGAAGAAGUGCACGAGCGUAGUAAGAAUAAAAAUAGCAACAAGAAUUGUAAAACUUAUGAGGACGAUCGGAGAAACCGCGAAGGUAGUCAUAGAAACAAGUACGUCUUGCAGAACGAAGCUAUCUUGAAGCAUUUGCUUCAAGAAAGCGAUAGAAGCGAUAUCAAGAUAAAGAACGAAAAUGAAAAAAAGGAAAUAUAUAGGAAAACUGUGAUGGACGACAUGGAUUCUAGUCAUACCUCGUGUUAUCCAGAAUUAACGAGAUUACUGCAAAACGACGGGCCUACUAACGCCAGAGAGAUGGCGACGCAGACUUCGUUGCCGCUCGAUAUACUGGAAAUGGAGGAGUUGAAGCAAAGUAUCGACGAAAUAAUCAAUAGCAGACAUUGUAGUUCUAAAGGGACUCAAAUAUCGCCGCAAUUGAAAAAAGGCAAGAAUAUUGUGUCAUAAGACUGAGGUGAUUAUCUUUUUUUUUAAAGUGUAUUAAGGAAUGUGCAUAUAUAAUAUAAAAUAAUAUUAAAUAAUGUAAGUAUCUAAGUAAUCACUAUUACAUCUAUACAUACAAUCGAACUAUUUAUAUAUACUAUUAAUUUCUCUUGCAAUCGUUAUAGUAUUUUCUGAAGAGUGAGCUCAUGUGAUGAUCUUUAUCGGUUGUCUUUAUCCGUUGUAAAUUAUAUACAUAUAUACAUGUAAGAGAAGACGAAGAAAGUAAACGAAACAGUUGAAUGAAGUAUUAUCGCUCGAGAAGAUAUAGGUACAAUAAAGCAUAUCGAUAUUUUUCUACGUUUUAUUAUUACUAAAAUAGUAAUGAAAUCUCAGUACGAUCGAUAAUUUGCACAUCGUGCAAAUCUUUUAAAGUAAUAUAAUUUAAUUAUACUAGAAUUUUCCUAAAAUAUACACGUCGUAAACAUUAUUUAAAAAUGAAAAACUAUUGUAGUUCUAAUAUUGUAUAUGUAUGUUCAAAUGUUUAUAUAAGAAUGUGUAUAUCGAACGUUCUAUGACAGUAAGAUAUUCUUUGUCUACGUAUAUUUUUUUAAUAAGUAGUUGAAUAAACUGCAUUUUAUAUUUAAUUUUCAUUGUAUUAAUCUACUGUCUAUAAAUUAUGGCGCUAAUCUGUAAACAGAGAAAAUUUAUUUCUCGAUAUACAUAAUUACAUGAUCUAAAUUAAACGCUCGCAGGACACAAAACGUUGUCUUCACAUUUUAAUAUAACAGUUAGAUAUUACUUGUCAUUUAUUUUGCAGUCACAUUUUUUACAAUUACGGAAAAGUAGUAUUUGGUGUAUUGUUUUUUACCAAUGCGAAAAUCUAGCAU